AGCCCGCGGAUUGAACAAAUCGCUCGACUGUUUGCUGCGGACGUGAAUUGUUGUACUUUAGGGUUAAUGUAAUAGAGAAGAAGGGAAAAAAAUGAUGAAAAAUGUUUUUUUGUUUUGUAAAUUUAUAAUGCACACGAAGUGAAAGGGAGUUGUGUCGUUUUUAUCGAUGAAGAAAAAUAUUUAAAACAAAAAAAUUUAAAAAUAUUUCACAAAGGGUAGUUAAUACAAAAAAUAAAAUAAAACAAAUUUACAAACAGAGAACAGUGUCGGGAUGGAUACAUGAAUUUCGAUUUAUCCCCGGUGAUACAUUCAUUCGAACACGAACAAUGAUAGAUUUAUCGAAUGAUGCAAAGACAUUUUAUAUAUGAUUCUCGACUCUAAAAACAACCAACAUUCAGUGACAAUAUAAUCGUUAAACAACAUUGAAACACUACUUAUUAUAUGAUACAAAACUUUAUCAUCGCAAAUAUAUAUUCGUAUAUGUACUUAGAACACGUAUACUCAAUCAAACAAUACAAAAAAUAUUUGAAAAGGAAAAAUUUCAUUAAAAAAAAAACUACAAAACUAAAAGACAACUAUAAUUACAACUAUUUCAUUCAGGGUUGCCGCACUAUACUGACAAAUGUUAUGUGCUGUACCACAUUCAAUACAGAGCCUUACAUCGGCUCACAAAAAUAGUUAACAGAAACUGCAACUUUGUCGCAUUGUGUCGAAGUGAAAAAAGUUCAAAUAAGUGCAAGUUUUCCUAAAUAAAUUUCGUUCGGAAAAAUAUGUUUUAGUGGAAAAAUCAACACACAGCGUCAAAAAUCAUUUGUAAUAACGACGAGGGCAAGAGAAUUGUUAAAAGUUUAUUGUUGAGACGUUAUAUAUUCAAUCGCAGCAGUGUGUUCGUAUAAAUUCAUCACACCUUAAUAUACAUAGUUUCGUAGUUUCAUUGAAAGUGAAUCACUUCUUUGCAAUAAAAGAAGGUUUAAAAAGGGGCGGUAGGCUGCCAUUUGCAGGCGAUGCACCGACGUGUGGAUCGACCUUAAGUGAUGUUAUCUAUAAAUGGCGUUGAUAAGCAACACUGUGCUACUGCUGGCCAAUAAACGAUAUGACCAUUUUAACAGGGGUGGACCUGGCCUAAGAUGGGGAGCGUGCUGUUCGCGACUGUGUUCAUAGCGUUACAAUUUGCCACUGGCUUGGCCAAUCCAGAAGCGAAACGUUUAUACGACGAUCUCCUGAGCAAUUAUAAUCGACUUAUUAGGCCGGUUGGCAACAAUUCGGAUCGCCUAACCGUUAAAAUGGGAUUGAAACUGUCACAGUUAAUAGAUGUUAAUCUGAAAAAUCAAAUUAUGACGACUAAUGUGUGGGUGGAACAGGAAUGGUUUGACUAUAAAUUACGUUGGGACCCCGGAGACUACGGCGGCGUGGAUACGUUACAUGUGCCAUCUGAACAUAUUUGGUUACCGGAUAUUGUGCUGUAUAACAACGCUGAUGGAAAUUAUGAAGUGACAAUAAUGACAAAGGCCAUUUUACACCACUCUGGAAAAGUGAUAUGGAAGCCACCUGCUAUAUACAAAUCGUUUUGCGAAAUUGAUGUCGAAUACUUUCCGUUUGAUGAACAAACUUGUUUCAUGAAAUUCGGAAGCUGGACGUAUGACGGCUAUAUGGUUGAUUUAAGGCAUCUACAGCAGACACCCGAUUCCGAUAACAUAGAUGUUGGCAUCGAUCUUCAAGACUACUAUAUAUCCGUCGAAUGGGACAUAUUAAAAGUGCCAGCCGUUAGAAAUGAGAAAUUUUACAGCUGCUGCGAAGAACCAUAUCCGGAUAUAAUAUUCAAUAUAACGUUACGCAGGAAAACGCUGUUUUACACUGUUAAUCUGAUAAUUCCUUGUGUUGGCAUAUCGUUUCUGUCAGUACUGGUAUUUUAUCUACCCAGCGAUUCCGGCGAAAAGAUAUCACUUUGCAUCAGUAUUUUACUGUCGUUAACUGUGUUUUUUCUACUUUUGGUGGAAAUUAUUCCGCCAACAUCGUUAACCGUACCACUAUUAGGAAAAUAUUUACUGUUCACCAUGAUGCUGGUCACUUUGUCCGUUGUGGUUACUAUUGCUGUGUUGAAUGUCAAUUUUAGAUCGCCAGUCACACAUAAAAUGGCGCCUUGGGUCAGUAAGGUUUUCAUAAAAAUACUGCCAAAAAUAUUAUGCAUCGAACGACCGAAGAAAGAAGAGCAUCCCGAUGACGAAGCGACCGAAGUGUUAACCGAUGUUUUUCACGUUCCAUCCGAUAUCGAUAAAUUCACCGAUUAUGGUAGUAAACGCUUUAGCCAGGACUAUGGUAUACCAGUUUUACCUCCGUCACGUUUCGAUGUGGCUGCAUCUGGUGGCGUUGGACCGUGUUUCGGUGAACCACCACUGCCAGCUUUGCCUUUACAGGGCGGCGACGAUGAACUGUUCAGUCCAUCGGGUAACGGGGACAUCAGUCCCAUUUGUUGUGCGGACAUAAGUCCAACGUUCGACAAACCGUACAUGAAAGAAAUGGAAAAGACCAUUGAAGGAUCGCGAUUUUGCGCUCAACAUGUCAAAAAUAAGGACAAAUUUGAGAGUGUUGAAGAAGACUGGAAAUAUGUGGCCAUGGUAUUGGACCGUUUGUUCCUGUGGAUAUUUGCGUUUGCUUGUGUUUUUGGUUCGGCCAUAAUCAUCUGCCAAGCACCGAGCUUAUACGAUACCACCCAACCCAUAGACAUUCUAUAUUCGAAAAUUGCAAAGAAGAAAAUCGAACUAUUAAAAAUGGGCAGCAGUGAGGAUGUAUAGCGUCCAUUUGGGUUCGUAGCGUGGUUUUGGAAAUUGAUCCAAAACUCGCUACGGACCCUGUUCGAACAUGUCGAACAAAAUUGAUAAUAAUGUCGAAAUGAAAUGCUAAACCGGUUUUAAUGACGGAGAGGGAAAACAAAAUUGUUUAAACGAAAGGAAAGAAAGAAGAAAUACGAACACUGGAAAAUGGAAUGGAAAUUCCGAUGUGAGAAAUGUGUAUGCACCUCGGUGUGUAUGCGUAACAAGAAUUAUGUGAAUGCUGUAACUUUUACGUAAAACAAUAAAACAAACAGAAAUGAAUACUGAAAAUCGGUAAGUGAGAAUUUUAUUAGUAAGAAUUAAUUUUUCUUUAAUUUAUUUUAUUUUGGGACUGUGAAGAGAGAAAAAAGAAAAAAAUGUAAGAAAAUUAUCAGCUUGGUUGAUAUUUAAAAUUUAAACAAAAAAUAAAAA